AUGGCGUUUUCGCGUAGGUUCACUGUUUUAUGCAUGUUCUUGAUAUAUCCUGCACUUUGCCACAGCGCAGCAUACCCUUCCAAAGCAACCUUAUAUAAACAACCUGAUGGCAAGGGAACUCCAGACGGGGCAUGUGGCUAUAAAGACUACGGAAGAUUCGUUAAUGGCGGCGAAGUCUGCACCGUCACUAACAAGCUCUUCAACAAUGGAGCUGCUUGUGGUUCAUGUUACCAGGUAAAAUGUACGAUCCAAGCACUGUGCAGCAGCACAGGAACAAAGGUGGUGGUAACCGACAACGGAGGAGGGCCAACCGGGACAGAUUUCAUUUGCAGCUACGUCGGAUUCAGGAAAAUGGCUAAGGCGGGCAAGGAAGAUGAGCUUGUCAAGAAAGGCAUCGUCGGCAUAACAUACGAAAAAGUCCCAUGCGAUUACACCGAUAGUGUUGCCAUCAAAGUUACUGAUCAGAGCAGCAACCCUGGCUAUCUCAGCAUUUUAGUACUCAACGCCGGCGACGUUGCCUCCGUCGAGGUUUACGACACGGAGAGUGGGACGUGGAUAACUAUGCGCAGAGUUUAUGGUGCAGUUUUUGACCUUUCGAAUCCGCCGGAAGGAGAACUCCAAGUGAGGUUGCAAAUAGGAACAUCUACUGAUUAUUCGAAGAACCCUAUCCCGGAUACUUGGACCGCAGGAGAUGUGGUUGACACCGGCAUUCAUUACUGA